CCAAGACAUACGCGAACGGCAGCCAUUUUGAAAAUCCUGACUAUUAUCCAUGUGGAAGAGAGUUUGACAAAACUCUGUAUAAAUUCAAUCUUUAUUGCUCUUUUGAUCAUACUGAGCUGAAGAAUCUUGUUCAAGACAUGUAGAUGGUACUUUUUAUGAAGAGUUGACGACGUGUGGAAGUCGUUUAUCGUGAUAUUUUGUGUUACAAACUUUGACAAAGAAUCUUCUUCAGUCGGUGGCUUUAGACAUGGAAGACGUGAAUAAGCCUCCUUUUCCUGCGCCUGACGAUCAAGAGCUCAAAAACAUUAUUGACAAGUUAGCCAACUUUGUGGCUCGAAAUGGAAGCAAGUUUGAAGAAAUGACAAAGCAGAAGCAGAAAGACAACAGCAAAUUUGGCUUCCUUUAUAGUGGACACACUUAUUAUAACUACUAUCGAUGGAAAGUGUCCAUGGAAAUAGCUAAAAGUCAAACCCAACAAUACCAGCAUUCCCAGAAGCAACAAACCCCACAGUUUACCUCCUCCCAAUCAGCUAUCGUCCAGCAAGCUAUUGUCCAACAGUCAAUCAAGUCAGCACCAUGGCAACAAGCACAACAACAACCAACUUUACCUCAAAUGCCAGCCAUCCCCCCACCCUCUUAUACUGCACCACCAUUGACCCAAUCAGUGUACCAACAAGCACCUCAGCCUCCAAGUGACUUGGAUCUUAACGAAUUUGAUGGGAUGCUCCAGAAACUCAUGGAUACUGGAUCUAAGGAUGCCAUCUCUAGUGGCAGAGGUUGGGUCUUCAGUAAUGCAAAAUCAUCUCAACAUUGCCAGUACAUUAUGGAGUACAUUCUAAAGAGAUCUUUGGAACCUGACUUAGAGUUCUCUCAGAAGCUUCACAUUGUGUACAUCAUCAAUGAUGUUCUCCAUCACAUUGCAAGAAAAUCGGUCCAAGAUUUGCACAAGGCUGUACAAGAAGUCGUUGUGCCAAUAUUUUUAAAUGCAAUGAAGGGAGAAGCUGGUGAUGGGUUGAAAAAACUGAACAAGGUGCUUGGUAUAUGGGAAACAAAUAAAUUCUUGGACUCUUCAGUGAUGCAGAAACUUAAAAACCCAGAAUCAUCUGAACCAAUUCUACAAGCAGCACUUCAAAAGUUCCAUGCCCCACCAGCUGCUACCUUUGGUUAUCCACAACAACCAACACGGCAAGCUCCACCAGGCGAAUACCAAACCAAUCCAUACCAAUACCAGCAGUACUAUCAGCAAUAUGCACAGUUCUCAUCAAAUACCGCAGCAUAUGGUCAGCCGUCAAGCACAGCUGAGACACGAGGACAGCAAGAAUCAAAGGACUCUCCAGAAAACCAGGCACCUCAAAAAUCGUCAGAAGAAUCUAAUGAAGCAACCAAUGAAAAAGAGGAGGAAAUGUUGGAAGAUAAUGCAAGCAAAGAAGCUUUUAACCAAGAUCACAACAAUACAGACAAACAACAACCGUCGAAGGAAAGAGGCCUCCAGGAUGGACAGCAGUUCCAACCAGCACCUUACAACCAACCUCCACCCUUCCCCCCAUUCUAUCCAAAUCAAGGACCUCCACCUCAGUUUCCUCCUGAUUACAGAGCACCGUUUCCACCAUUUCCUAUUCCACCCCCUAGCUUCAACCGACUGCCACCUCAUUUUAAUGAACCACAGAACUUUCAUGAUCCUGGUUUUCCAGGAAGACCCCCAUUUGGUCCAGGUCCUCCACCCCAUUCCUAUGAUUAUCCUCCCCCCAGGGAUGAAUAUGACGAUAUGCCACCAUCAGAGUAUGACAGACACGAGGAGAUAGACAACUAUGGACCUCCUGAAGGGUUUGAUAGGGGUAUGCCACCACAUGUACCACCUCCGCCAAGACCUAUUAUACCUAAUGCUAUGUAUUAUGAGUUGCCGGCAGGGUUAAUGGCACCCAUGGUUAAGUUAACAGAUGUAGAUUAUAAACCAUUAGACCCUCAUGACAUCCGACUCCCAGCUCCUCAGCCACCAAGUGAGCGCCUGCUGGCAGCUGUUGAGGCAUUCUAUAGCCCACCCAGUCAUGAAAGGCCAAGAAACAGUGAUGGAUGGGAGCAAAGCGGUCUCUUUGAGUUUUACAAGGCAAAGUUACCCUUCAUUAAAGAAAGAGAAGUAAGAGAUAAAGAAAGAGAAGCCAGAGAAAAAGUAGAAAGACCCACUGAAAGAGGCCGUUCAAGGUCCAAAUCAAUAUCCCCUGCCAGAUCACCAGAAGGACGUCGCCGAUCUCGCUCACCACCCAGAGGAAGAUCUCGCUCUGUUUCACCUCCUUAUAGAAGAACAUCACGGAGUAGGUCAAGGUCACCUUCGUACAGGAGAUCAUCGAGAAGUCGGUCAAGAUCGCCCAGAAGAUAUUCACGAAGUCGCUCAAGGACUCCACCAAGGAGAAGGCAUCGUUCACGAAGUAAAUCUCGAUCACGGUCACGAUCACGUUCACGAUCACCGCGCCACAGACGAAGAAGUGUCUCGCCACUGAGACGAAGAAGCAUUACUCCACCUAGUUUUGGUGCUUUUAUGACUAGUAAUCCAGAAUCAAGACUAGAUGAGAGUAAUGUUGGUCAUCAGUUGCUAAAGAAAAUGGGUUGGGAAGGAGCUGGCCUUGGAAAAGACGAAAAAGGAAUUCAGGAUCCUAUUAAAGCGGCCGAGGCACGACACCGCCACAACCAGUACAAGGGUAUUGGUAUGGAAUUGAAUGACGUGUUCGACAACUUCAGAUACAACAGAAGCUACACAUAUAACAGAUCCCAAGCUGAAAGAAAAAAGUAAGAAUGCUUGCAAACUGAGUUAAGAUACAAAAGAGCACGUCCGGUCAUCAUUUUUCGGAUUUUAGUCCCGCCUUGGAAGAAAUCCUGUAGACUUUUAUGCAGUAUCGCAGCUACACGCCGGGCCCCUACUACGUAUAACGCGUUGUGUUUCGGUUCGACUCGAGAAUUUUCACUGCGCUCUUAAACAAAAACACUUUCGAGUGGGCGUUAUGAAGCUGGGACAAUGAUCCUAACACCUAUUUGGCCCAGGAAAACCGCUGGCUUAGUUUACUGUCAACGUGUAUAUAGCGGUCACAUGUUAGAGCUACAAAGCCAGACACAUAAUUACUUAUAAACCAAUCAAAUGGAACUUGCAGCAAAUUUUACAGUAGUAUUUGAAUUCUGAUAAUUAAAUAAAAGAAACUGAAAAUAUUAA